AUGGCAUCGCCAGGCAUUAUCCUCGCCCUCGGCGCGAAACCCCAGGCCCUCUCGCACGUGGCUAAAAUAGUCGUGAACAAUGCGGAAGAUAUCGUUCAAUCGGGCCCUUCGCCCGUCGAUGAGUUCGUCUGUGUACUGGAGCAGCGGGUUGCUGAGGUCUUCAGCGAAAACGGUAUCCCCGAACGCGUGGUCUGUUGGCUCCACGUACAGGUGGUUGUUGUACUGCACGUCGAGUAUUGCUUGCCGCGGGUUUGGAUACGGGUUAUAGCCAGGAGUGUAGCUGACCUGCAGUCCGGUGGCUCGAAUGAUGCGGUACUGCAGAAGAGUCUCGGUACAGAAGGCGCUGUAGCAUGCCUUUGUCUCCGGGUCGUGCGGACUUGGGAUGAGGUCGUCGUAAAGACGUGCGAUCUCGUAAGACCGCUCUUCGUUAAUCUUGGUAUAGAAAGCUGGGAAUGGGUGUGUGAUAUUCAUCAGCUUGCUGUAUACCAAGGCAGCCUGCCGAGCUGUGGCGCAUGGGCCGAAAGGGACUUUUGUGCCGUGGAUGUUGGCGACGGAGGGAAGGCCACGCAAGGGCGGGUAGUCCGAGUGGUCCUGAUCCGCUUCCACGGGUUCAGGCCUGUGCAGUAUGGCCGGAACCUUGCUGUGUUGGGCAGACUCGCGGAUGAGACGGGCGCAAUAUUGCUCCAAGUCGCGCUGCCAUUGCUUCAGGAGCAUGGCUUUUAG